AUGCCUCUCCUCGUCCCUGACCUCCCCGAGCGUUUCACCAUCUCCACAUUUGGAGCGCAGUAUCACAGCAACUCUCCCUCGGAGUCCAAGGUUGCCCUGAUCCAGCAGUUUGAGACAUGUCUCAAGGCAUUGGCAGUCUUCGUUGAGGAUCUUGUUCAAGAUGACACCGAGCGUGGCCUGGGCCUCUCACGCAUCUGGAUCAGCUAUUGGAAAUCCCCCGAGGACUACCAGAAGUGGUGGGAGUCACCAGAUAUCAAGCAGUUCUGGUCCUGUCUUCCGGACAAUGCUGGCUUCUGGCGGGAGAGGCUGCACUUCUCCAGGACACGGUUCGUCACGGAAAUGUCCCAGGAUAUCCCGUCUGGCGUUGGUCAUCUCGGUCCUCUGGCGCCAUUGACCGAGAAGACGGGAUACUGGGGGGCUCUACGCGAUCGUAUCCAGGAGUCGACAAAUCGGAACAUCCUGGCUUCGACUCUGGACGAGGUGCCUCAGCCCAAGCAGCCCAGCGGAGCGCUACGACACGGCCGCGUCCAAAUGACAAAGUUCCCUGAAAAUAUUUGCUUUGUGAUUAAAGGACAAGACCAUACCAGUAUAAAGGCAGACGAGACCAAGUUAUGGUCAGAAAAGUUCCAUCGUAACACGAAACGGUUCAUCACGAAUGUCGUCCGUUCUGGCCCAGAGGCGGGUGUAUUGACCACGCGUUUAUGCCAUGUCCCAGAGAGUGGUAAGAUCAAGGUUGAAUCCUCGUACACCGAAGACGACCCGGACAUCUUUCCCGCACUGGAUUUCAAUCGGACCAUGGAGAUCUUCUUCUUCUUGGAGUUCAGGUACAUGGAGCAUGCAGGGCGGCGAGAGAAGGCGCAUGUUGCUCUGCAGCGGGAUUUCAUGGACGCAUAUGAGCCAUCAGGUGUCAUAGGCCAUGGGGAGAUGCUCGUAUAG